ACCAUAGAUAAUACGAUUGACGCUGUGGCGCGUUGUGCCUGUCAUUGUGACUGGUAAUUAUCUUAAGCGGUUAGUUCUCGUGUGAAACGUUAUAAAUAUUCGAAUUUAAGUGUUUGUAAUGUGAACUUAUAUUAUUAAUGUGGUACUUGUUCAGAAAACGUAAAUACUUUAACAAUAAGUGUAAAGUUUAACACAAUUAAGGUCUUGUAAAGCGGUAUAUUAACAACAACAUGGCUGAAUAUCUUGCUUCGAUUUUUGGUACCGAAAAAGACAAAGUUAAUUGUUCGUUUUAUUUUAAAAUUGGAGCAUGUCGACAUGGAGAUCGUUGUUCAAGAAUUCACAAUAAACCGACAUUUUCACAAACUUGUUUAUUACAAAAUUUGUAUGUGAAUCCACAAAACUCUGCAAAAUCUGCUGAUGGAAGUCACUUGGUUGCAAAUGUUUCUGAUGAAGAAAUGCAAGAACAUUAUGAUAAUUUUUUUGAAGAUGUGUUCGUAGAAUGUGAAGACAAGUAUGGAGAAAUUGAGGAGAUGAACGUGUGUGAUAAUUUAGGAGAUCAUUUGGUUGGUAAUGUAUAUAUAAAGUUCAGGCGAGAAGAAGAUGCAGAAAGGGCAGUAAAUGAUUUGAAUAACAGAUGGUUUGGAGGUCGUCCUGUUUAUGCUGAGUUAAGUCCAGUUACUGACUUUCGUGAGGCUUGUUGUCGCCAAUAUGAAAUGGGUGAAUGUACACGUUCUGGUUUUUGCAAUUUCAUGCAUUUAAAACCAAUAUCCAGAGAAUUAAGAAGAUAUCUUUAUUCUCGUCGUAAGCGAGGUAUUGGAAGACGUUCAAAGUCGAAGUCUCCUCGUAGGCGAUCUCGUUCUCGUUCCCCGCGUCAUCGCAGAAGCGGAAGAUACUAAAAUUUACAAAAAAAAAUAAGUUAAUUUUAAAAAAUAAAACUUCAUCAAUACCCAGCUUCAUAAUAUUUACGGUAGAUUGCAUUUGGUAUAUGUAAUAUAUCUAACAAAAAAUUUUGUAGACUCAUAGUACAUAUAGUAACUGUAAUUUUGAUACUAUCUUUAUUAUGUCCUCUAACAUCUUAUUACUUUUCUAAAUAAUAAUAGAAACGUAUUUUUAUUUUAUUGUAAAAUUGAGUAG